AGUACGUGUCACACUUGUUGUUUUCUUUUGUAGUAGCAAAUUGAUUUAUUUAUUUAUUUUGUGCCAGGUUGGAUUCCGAAGCAGCGAAAUGGUUGACGAUAGCACCAGAAAAACUUUAAGUAACAUUCCACUGCUGCAAAUACGCGCCGGUCCACGGGAAAAGGAUAUUUGGGUGCAGAGACUGAAGGAGGAAUACCAAGCUCUCAUAAAGUAUGUGGAGAACAACAAGCAAUCUGGCAGCGAUUGGUUCCGCCUUGAGUCCAACAAGGAAGGCACCAAAUGGUUCGGCAAAUGUUGGUACAUGCACAAUCUGCUUAAAUACGAAUUCGAUGUCGAAUUCGACAUUCCAGUGACCUAUCCAACGACGGCACCGGAAAUAGCCCUUCCAGAACUAGAUGGAAAGACAGCUAAGAUGUAUCGCGGCGGUAAGAUUUGCUUAACGGAUCACUUCAAGCCGCUGUGGGCCCGCAAUGUGCCCAAAUUUGGCAUCGCGCAUGCCAUGGCCCUCGGCCUGGCGCCCUGGUUGGCUGUGGAAGUGCCAGACCUCAUCGAAAAGGGCAUAAUCACGUACAAGGAUAACUGUUGAGGCUCCAGCUGCAGCUGAUUUAGCUAAUUAUUUUUAUUAGUAUGAAAAUUUAUACUAUGAACAAAAUUUUAUGUAAAGCACUUGAUUUUUUUACGUUUUGUAUUGCUAAUUGCUUAACUGUGUAGAUAUACUAUUAGUAAAUUUCCAAUAAAUCAAACGAACUC